AUGAAUGCAGCUUCUCUUGGUCAUCAGUAUCUGACCGCAAAAUCGUUCAGUAAAACUGAAGGUUAUUUUGGUGGUGCAAGAUAUCGUGGUUCAAAAAGAAAUCCAGCAGAAUCACUUCUACCUAAAACAAAUGAUCAACCACGACACGCAAGUCUACCAGCUAGUGAAACUGUUUCAGAUAGACCAACUACAGUUUCUGAUCAAGUAGAAUCAUCUGAAGCGACAUUUGAACGAAGUAUUAGUGAUCCUACAGCACUUAAUGUCACCUAUAAGCCACAAAAAGGAUAUCAGCCACUUUAUGAAGAAGGAGAAACAGAACCAGAACCAUAUGCAUUAGUAUCAAUACUUAGUAAACGACGUGGAAGUCGACCUGGAAAUGACAGAUUAAGUAGUCGUGUACGAAAAUUUUAUAAAGAUCAAGACGAAUUAAUUGAUUCAUUGGAACAAAUUCACAAGCAUCAUAUAGAUCAUGAACCAAUUGAUGAUACUAAAUUAGCAAGACAAAAACGACAUAUUGAUUGGCUUGUAAAGGCUACAGUAGUAUGUAAUUGUACAUUACUAAUUGCAAAAAUAGUAGCAGCUAUAUUUUCCAAAUCACUUUCAAUUAUUUCAUCAGUUGUUGAUUCAGCUGUUGAUUCAGCUUCAGCAUGUUUACUUCUUUGGGCUGUUCAUACAAUUAAAAAACGAGAUAAAUAUACCUAUCCAGGAGGUCGUACUCGUCUUGAACCAAUCAUCAUUGUAAUUCUAUCAGUUGUUAUGAUUUCAGCAUCUGUUCAAGUUAUUUAUGAAUCAGUCGAAACAUUAAUGAGUGAUGUUAAAGCAUUUAAGAAUAAUGGAACAACUGGUUUACCUAAUAUUGAUAUGGGUCCAGUACCUAUAACUGUUAUGUGUGUUACAAUUGUUGUCAAAGCUACUUUAUCAUUUCUUUGUUUUCAAAUAGCAAAUCCAACAAUGCGUGCUCUUGCUAAUGAUCAUUUAAAUGAUGUAUUUUCAAAUGCAAUUGCACUUGCUUGUGGUAUAGUCGCUGCAAAAGCGGUCUCUGGUACAAUAAAAGCAAAACAAGUUGUUGUAGUUGAUCCAAGUGGUGCUAUAUUUAUAUCACUUUAUAUUAUAUUUUGUUGGCUUAAACAACUUCGAUCACAAGUUAGAAAUUUAAGUGGUUAUGCAGCUGAACCGGAGUUUUUACAAAAAAUAACAUGGUUAACAUUACAUCAUUCAGAACUAAUAGAAAAAAUUGAUACUGUACGAGCAUUUCAUUUUGGAACACAAUUUUUAGUUGACGUUGAAAUUAUUUUACCUGAAACAAUGUCAUUAAAACAAGCACAUGAUAUUGGAGCAUCAUUACAAGAAUCAUUAGAAAAUUUGCCUGAAGUUGAAAUAGCUUAUGUGCAUUUAGACUAUGCUGUCGAUCCUUUAAAAUAUUAA